AUGAUUUAUUUAGUAAUGUGCAUGAAAAUUCAUAUAAAAUUACUAUGUUCUAUAUGUACUUCUACAGAAAAAACCUCGACACUGUCAACCAAUGAAUCAACGCUGUCAACCAGUGCAUCAACGACGUCAACCAGUGCAUCUACACCGUCGACCACUGCAUCAACACCGUCGACCACAGCAUCAACACCAUCGACCACUGCAUCAACACCGUCAACCACUGCAUCUACACCGUCAACCACAGCAUCAACACCAUCCACCACUGCAUCAACACCGUCAACGACUGCAUCUACACCGUCGACCACUGCAUCAACGCCAUCGACCACUGCAUCUACACCGUCAACCACAGCAUCUACACCGUCGACCACGGCAUCAACAGCGUCGACCACUGCAUCAAAACCAUCAACACUGUCAACCACUGCAUCGACACAGUCAACCACAGCAUCAACACCGUCCACGACUGCAUCAACACCGUCGACCACAGCAUCAACACCGUCAACCACAGCAUCAACACCGUCAACCACAGCAUCUACACAAUCGACCACUGCAUCAACGCCAUCGACAACUGCAUCAACACCGUCGACCGCUGCAUCUACACCGUCCACCACUUCAUCAACACCGUCGACUACAGCAUCAACACUGUCAACCACUGCAUCAACACCAUCAACCACUGAAUCAACACCGUCAACCACAGCAUCAACCACUACAUCAACACAGUCAACCACUGCAUCAACACCGUCAACCACAGCAUUAACACCAUCAACCACUAUAUCAACACCAUCAACCGCAGCAUCAACACCGUCGACCACUGCAUCAACACCGUCGACCACAGCAUCAACACCGUCAACCACUGCAUCAACACCGUCCACCACUGCAUCAACAGCGUCAACGACUGCAUCAACACUGUCGACCACUGCAUCAACACCGUCAACCACUGCAUCUACACCGUCAACCACUGCAUCUACACCGACCACUGCGUCAACACAGUCAACUACUGAAUCAACACCGUCAACCACGGCAACAACACCGACAACGACUGCAUCAACACCGUCGACCACUGCAUCAAGGCCGUCGACCACUGCAUCAACACCGUCCACCACUGCAUCUACACCGUCAAGCACUGCAUCUACACCGUCAACGACUGCAUCUACACCGUCAACCACUGCAUCUACACCGUCGACCACGGCAUCAACGCCUUCGACCACGGCAUCAACACCGUCGACCACUGCAUCAACACCGUCGACCACUGCAUCAACACCUUCAACCACUGCAUCUACACCGUCAACCACUGCAUCUACACCGUCAACCACAGCAUCUACACUGUCGACCACGGCAUCAACGCCGUCGACCACUGCAUCAACACAGUCAACUACUGAAUCAACACCGUCGACCACGGCAACAACACCGACAACGACUGCAUCAACACCGUCGACCACGGCAUCAACGCCUUCAACCACUGCAUCAACACCGUCAACUACAGCAUCAACACCGUCAACCACUGUAUCAACACCGUCAACGACUGCAUCAACACCGUCGACCACAGUAACAACACCGUCAACCACUGCAUCAACGCCGUCUACCACUGCAUCUACACCG